UUGAAGAUGGCUGCCGUGGAAGAUAGGGUGGAUGGAGGAGUCGGAGUGCUGGAGUGCGCUUCUGUUUCCCCGAGAUUGUCUCCUCCGUUGCCGGACCAGCCACAUCAGAACAAUCCGCUCUUGGGACUACCCAUCGUGGCCAUAGAGACGAUUCUAAAUUUCCUGUCUUACGAUGAAAUCAGCCUGCUCCGUCUGGUGUGCAAAAGGAUGGACAUGAUCUGCCAGCGGAUGCUUAAUCAGGGCUUUUUGAAGGUGGAGCGUUACCAUAGUCAAUGUCAGAAACAAGUCAAAGCCCAGCUGCCAAGGAGAGAAUCAGAAAGAAGAAAUCAUUCCCUGGCACGCCAUGCAGAUAUCCUAGCAGCAGUGGAAACCCGCCUUUCAUUGCUUAAUAUGACUUUCAUGAAAUAUGUAGACUCUAAUCUAUGCUGCUUCAUCCCUGGAAAGGUAAUUGAUGAAAUUUAUGGGGUUUUACGUUAUGUAAAUUCAACUCGAUCACCUCAGAGAGCUCAUGAAGUUCUACAGGAGCUGCGGGACAUCUCCUCCAUGGCUAUGGAAUACUUUGAUGAAAAAAUUGUCCCAAUUCUCAAGAAGAAACUGCCUGGGGCUGACAUGUCUGGUAGGCUCAUCGGGUCUCCUCCAGUUCCAGGUCCUUCCACAUCUUUGACAACAAUGUCUCUGCUGGCAAAGAACACUCCAUCACGGUCUGAAAUGACAAAACUGCAACAGCAGGUCAAGGUGAAUGGAGCUUCUGUCACAGCACUGCGGAGGGAGAUUUCAGAGCUGAGGGUCAAACAGUUGGAACAGCAAAAGCAGCUGCAAGACCAGGAGCAAAAGCUGCUGGAGCAGACCCAGAUUAUAGGCGAGCAAAAUGCUAGGCUUGCAGAGCUGGAGCGCAAACUCCGUGAACUGAUGGACAGUGCUGUUGGCAGCACUUCUCCUGGCAACAGUACCAGUAACACUGGAAGGGGGCAAGAGACACCAUUCAAACGCACCAGGAAGACAUUGGACUCUCCUCGGCAAUCUAAACGUCUGAAGAGCAAAAAAUAAAAAGGUGCAUCUCUUGCUUUUUCUCCAGACGGAAUUUCCAUGGUAUGGCAGCAAGCCACCUGUCUGCGAGUGGUAAUCCAACAAACCAUUCUCCACUUCCAACACUCUGUAGAAUUUCGCUCCUUCACUUGGGGACUGGGAGGCUGAGUAAUGUUAGGCUUUUUUUUUUUUUUUUUUUUUAGUUUUAUCAUUAAAUGUGCUUUCAAUUCCCACAACUUAGGCAAUGGGAAACUAUAAACCUCGGCAUGACACUGAACAUGGGAAGAGUUCUCAUAACUGCAGGUGGACGUGUUGAUGGUAAUUGUUAGUGAAAGUGUGCAUUUCUGUGAGGCCCACAAUGCAGGCAGUAAAGAGUAGUAAAUUUUAAAAUGGCAGAAUGAUUUUUAAAGUCUUAAUGUCCUAGAAAGAGGACUACUGGGGCCCCUGCCUGGAAAUAAUGGAAUUCGAGCCUGAGCACUGUAGCUGUGUGUCUUUAUAAUGCAGAAAGGAUUUAGGAAAUAAUCACUGAGCCAUUUAAAUAGGUGUCUUCAUCAAAUAGACAAUCUUCAUUGCGUUGUGUGUUCCCCAUUAAAUGUUAAAGCUCUUACUAAAAAGGUAAUUUUGCAGUUAUGGUUUAAAUCCUUGUCUGCUUCUCAUUCAAAACUGCUUUCCAGAAAGUAGAAUGCGUUUUCAAGAAUUUACUGUAAUCAGUGAAUCUUGUCGUAAUUUUAUUUUUUAUAAAUAAUUAUUUAAAAUCAGCCAAUUUGGCAAACAUCUGCACCGCCAAAAAAAAAAAACCCAACAUAUUUAUAUCUUUACAAUACCAGCUUAUUCUGUUAUUAAAGAAAGCAUUUGAUUUUAAAGGAUGAGACCAAUUUAAGGACACCUCACUUAACAGAGAGUAAAUUCAACAGUCAGAAUUGGAAUUUCUUACCUUCAAGUCUGGGAAUUUGAGUAUACAAUUAACAAAAUAUAACGCUUGGGUAAGUUGCUGUAUUUAUGUGAAAAAUCUGCAGAAACAGGGAUGCUUGUAUUGGCAUCAAUACCCCCUUUUGUAUUAGAAAUGUAAAAUUCCAAAAA